CCCGGCUAAGCCGUCCAAGAUCGUAGUGCAGCCUCAGCGUUCUUCAACACAGACCUCUUUCUGAAACAAUCAGCAUUCUUAACCUAACCUCAAAAAUGUUCAAAUUGGUGGUGUUGUCAACGAUCCUCGCCGUGGUCGCCGCUCGUCCCGGAUACUUCGACUUCCACCAUGGUCCGGCCUUUGCCUACCACGCGGCGCCGGCUUUGAUCGCCAAGCCGGAAGUAUACUACCAGAAGAGCAUCAUCGAGGAACCAACGGUGGCCCACGUGGGCUCCGUCGUCAAGCACAUCCCGACUGCCGUUUCCCACCAGAGCUCAACCAUCGUCCACAACUCGGCCAAGCUGGUCCAGCCGAUCUACGCGCCGGCCGUUAAGCACACCCUAGUGUCGACCCCGAUCGUCAAGACCUCGUACCAUGCCGUCCCAGCCGUGGCGUACGCCCCGUCUCUUCACUUUGGCCAUCACUACUAAGUAACCACUUACCAAAUCCACCUAACCUACCCCUCUAAAUCCCUAAGAAAUGCUCAAAAAAGGAACCUUGUGAUAUCCUUGUCAUCUUCAUCGAAACUUGCCAGCGGAAGAAAGAUCGUGCAGAAUGUUUACGACGUUCAGAGCCGGCGUCGCGAGGGGAACUCCCGACACAUCUCCUGACACGGUCAGGGCGCAUCCUUUAAUUGUUCGUUUUUAGAUUGUUGGCGAAAGAUUUAAAGUGAUUGCGUGCAGUGCGAGGAGUAAUCCCCGUCCCAGUUGUUUUGUUGUGUUGCUCUGAAUAAAAAGUGUGAACCAAAAAAUGAA